AUGGAUGACCUCCCCAACGAUGCGCGCUCCAAGGAGGUCGUGAGGCUCUGGAGAGCAUGGAAGACGGUGCACGAAAUGGUUGCCGACCGAGAUUACGAGCUCGCCCAAGACGAAAUCAACAUUUCCCUCGACCGCUUCCGCAGCGAAUUCUGCAACCCCGACGGCACCGUCAACCGCGCCAAGCUGCAAUUCUCCGCCCGCCCCUCGGACGCCAUGCUGCGCAAGCACACGCCGCCCGCCACCGACGCCAACCCGGACCCCGUGCCCGACUGCGGCCCCAUCUGGGUCGAGUUCCUCGCCGACAAGCAGUUUGGCGUCGCGCAGAUUCGGCAAUUCGCAAAGUACACCAUUACCAACAACUACAAGACGGGCAUCAUGGUCACGCACGUUGCGCUCUCGCCCGCCGCCCGCAAGUCGCUCGCCUCCGUCGAGAACCUCGCCAAGAUUGAGUGCUUUCUGGAAGACGACCUGCUCGUCAACAUUACUCAUCAUGAGCUCGUGCCCAGACACGUUUUGCUGUCGCGCGAGGAAAAAGUGGCGCUGCUUAGGCGGUACAGGCUCAAGGAGACGCAGCUGCCGAGGAUUUUGGCCAAGGACCCCGUCGCCCGCUAUCUGGGGCUUCGGCGCGGGCAGGUGGUCAAGAUUAUCCGCGUGAGCGAGACGGCGGGUCGGUAUGCUAGUUACCGACUAUGUGUCUAA